CCCCCCCCCCCCCCCCCCUGCCGCCAUUCAUAUCCCCAGCUCGAGAGCUCUGAAGCAGAGCCCAUCGAAUCUUGGAAGCUCUCCUCAGUCAUCCGCCGAUGGCUGCGAGCUUCUCUCUGCUUCAUGUCCCGCCUCAGACCUUCCAAGUAAUGCGGCUUCCCCCCGCCAGCAGGCUCUCAACCUUAUCUUCAAGCACCUUUAAACCAAAUGGGAGUGUGAGAAUUUCCACAAUCGCCUGCGUUUCUUCAAAUGGGAAGGAGCCCGACUCGCUGGAAACUGCCGCGAAGGGCGUCGAGCGGCUCGUCGAAGAGAAGCGGCGUGCAGAGCUGUCUGCGAGGAUCGCUUCCGGGGAAUUCACAGUCCAACGUUCAAGAUUUUCAGCUUUCCUGAGGAAUGGGCUGUCGAAACUGGGGUUUCCCGAUGAGGGUCUGGACGCUAUCUUCAACUGGGUUGAUGGUGGGAAGGAUUAUCCAAAGAUUCCCGAAGCGAAGGGUGCAGUUAGUGCCAUUCGAAAUGGGCCCUUCUUCAUCCCCCUUUACGAGCUUUACCUCACAUAUGGUGGAAUUUUUAGGCUAACAUUUGGCCCCAAGUCAUUCUUGAUAGUUUCCGACCCUUCUAUUGCUAAACAUAUAUUGAAGGACAACUCAAAAUCUUAUUCAAAGGGUAUCUUGGCAGAGAUUUUAGAUUUUGUUAUGGGAAAGGGCCUUAUUCCGGCUGAUGGGGAAAUAUGGAGAGUUCGAAGACGUGCCAUAGUUCCUGCUCUGCAUCAGAAGUAUGUAGCGGCAAUGAUAAAUUUGUUUGGACAAGCAUCGGAUAGGCUUUGCCAGAAGCUCGACGCUGCUGCCUCUGAUGGGGAAGAUGUAGAGAUGGAGUCUUUGUUCUCCCGUUUGACCCUGGACAUCAUUGGAAAGGCAGUGUUCAAUUAUGAUUUUGAUUCGCUGACCAAUGACACUGGAAUAGUUGAGGCCGUUUACACUGUUCUACGAGAGGCAGAAGACCGAAGUGUUGCACCUAUCCCAACUUGGGAAAUCCCUAUAUGGAAGGACAUCUCUCCGAGGCAAAAGAAAGUUAAUGCAGCUCUAAAGUUGGUCAACGAUACCCUUGAUGAUUUAAUCGCCAUAUGCAAGAGGAUGGUAGAGCAAGAAGAUUUGCAGUUUCACGAGGAAUAUAUGAAUGAUGAGGAUCCUAGUAUUCUGCACUUUCUCUUGGCAUCUGGAGAUGAUGUUUCAAGCAAGCAACUCCGGGAUGACUUGAUGACAAUGCUCAUAGCUGGACAUGAAACAUCUGCUGCUGUCUUAACAUGGACAUUUUAUCUUCUCUCCAAGGAACCUAGAGCUGUGGCAAAUCUGCAAAACGAGGUUGAUUCUGUUCUAGGAGAUCGCUAUCCAACAAUUGAAGACAUGAAGAAACUCAAAUACACGACUCGGGUUAUCAAUGAAUCCUUAAGGCUUUAUCCUCAACCACCUGUGCUGAUUCGCCGAUCACUGGAAAAUGAUGUCCUUGGAAAUUACCCUAUAAAGAGGGGUGAAGAUGUCUUCAUCUCUGUUUGGAACUUACAUCGGAGUCCACAUCUGUGGGAUGAUGCAGACAAGUUCAAUCCCGAAAGAUGGCCUUUAGAUGGACCCAAUCCAAAUGAGACCAACCAAAACUUUUGUUACUUGCCUUUUGGUGGAGGACCUAGGAAAUGUGUAGGAGAUAUGUUCGCUUCAUUCGAGACAGUAGUAGCCGUUGCCAUGCUUGUGCAGAGAUUUAAUUUUCAGGUGGCACUUGGAGCACCUCCUGUAAACAUGACCACUGGAGCAACAAUCCACACUACUGAAGGAUUGAAAAUGACAGUCACACGAAGAAUGAAGCCUCCUGUUCUUCCCACACUAGAGAUGCCGGCACUGAACAUGAAUGGUUCCACUAGCAACAAUGAAGAUGAUUCCGUGCUUUCUCAGAAGGGUGAAGUUUCGUCCACCCAUUCCUGAUUGUUUCUUGCCAUAUUCAGAAUGGCUACUUAUCUUGUAUAGUAAGAAAGAGAUAGAACCGAAGUCAAUUGUAGGAAAUUUUUUACUUCUAAAACGUACCUGUCAGCUACAUCUGGUUAUCAAUUGUAGAAUCAUCAUUGCAAUGGGAGAUUGUUAUCAAUCUCUUGCAGAAAUCUA